CCACCUGCUCCGGAGGAUCGCCGAGGACGAGCUGCGCACUGCGGCGGCUGCUGCUGCGCCGUUCAUCGGUAGGGAGAACCGGCCUGGAGGAGCAGGAUGGAGUCUCCGUGAGCCACAUGGCUUCCGCACUUCCCCGGAGGCUGCAGGGGCUUCGUGCUAAACUCCUGCGGCGGCAUGAGCACCAGCCUCUGGUGUGGUGCCUGCUCGGCCUGUACGGCUGCAGGUGGAGGCGUCAGGAGAGGAGCGGCGGCACUCAGCCGGGAGACUGCUGCUGCAACAAGCUGGAGGGCGUCAGCUUUGCCGUGCUCGUGGCGGCCUUCUGCUUAACGCUGCUGUUUCUUUACUUCUGGGGACAAGCCAAGAACGACUACAAUGACUUUGAUUGGUUUAACUUUGGGAACCUGGGCUUCUGGUUCCCGUGGUCUGUGGUGCUGCUGGUCAUCGCUAUAGCCUUCUUCACCUACGUCACAGUCCUCAUGCUGCUAGCUGUGUGUUUGUUGUCUGAGGGCCAGAAGCUUUAUUUACACUGGAGUCACAAGAUCGGGAUCGUGGUGAGCUUGACGUUUGCCGUGGCGGCCACCGCCGUCCUGUCGGACCUGUGGAGUAAAGAGUGGACCACCCUGCUGCUCUCCUUCCAGGUGACGGCACCUUAUUUGCACGUGGGCGGAGUCUUACUGAUGACGUCGCUGUCUUGGCCCAUAGCUUUGCAUUUCUUCCGUAUGAGAAGUAAAGUCAGGCGUGGCCUCAUCGUCGGGGUGUACCUGGUCAUCCUGUCCGCCCUCUACUUGGUGCCCCUCGGCUUGUAUUCGCCGUGUAUAAAGAAAGAUGGCGCCCUGGGCUCGGCGCCGGCUCUCAUUGGCCACAGAGGAGCGCCGAUGCUUGCUCCAGAAAACACUCUGAUGUCUUUUGAGAGGGCGGUGGAAGCCGGGAGUGACGGACUGGAGACGGACGUCACCAUCAGUCUGGAUGGCGUGCCCUUCCUGAUGCACGACUACACCCUGCGCCGCACCACCAAUGUCGACCAGGUUUUCCCCAACCGCAGCGAUACCCCGGCCGCCAUGUUCACCUGGACCGAGCUGGAGAGCCUGAACGCCGGAUCCUGGUUCCUUGCUCACGAUCCGUUCGGCACGGCCGGCUCUCUGAGCGAGGGGGACAAGCAGCAGGCCGGAAACCAGUCGGUCUGCAGCCUGCAGGAAUUCCUGCAGCUGGCAGCUCACACACACAAGCUGGUGAUCUUUGACCUCUACCGGCCGCCCAGGGGUCACCCGUACAGAGACACCUGGAUCCACCGCACGCUGGAGGUCAUCCAGAACGAGUCGUCCAUUCACUCCUCACAGGUGCUGUGGCUGCCUCCAGACCUCCGGUCUCUGGUCCAGGAGCUGGAUCCUGAGCUCCAGCAGACUUCAGGGGGCCGGCUCCCCCUAGAGGAGCUCCAGAGUAACCACAUCGUCAAACUGAACCUGCACUACAGCUCCAUGUCCACAGAGCUGGUCAGGGAGUAUGCUGCCGUGAAUAUCACCACCAACCUGUACGUGAUCAGCCAGCCGUGGCUCUACUCGCUGGCCUGGUGCACUGGAGUCCACUCGGUCACCACCAACGCGCCUCAGCUCCUCGCCAGCAUGCGCUCCCCCCACUUCCUCAUGACUCCAGAUGAAUAUAAGCUGAUGUGGAUCCUCACCGAUGUCUUGUCCUUUGUGCUGAUCCUCAUCAUCUUUUUAUUUCACUGGUGGCGGGAGCGAGGACUGGCCUUCUGCUCGGGCAGCAAAAUCCUGCUGGAAAACGGGACUUACAGUAAAUUCAGAACAGAGAUGAGUGACAUCUGGUCCGUCUCCAGCGCCAACUCGCCUACGGAGACGGCGCCCAACCUGGCGACCGUGAGCGAGCACUGACAACACAACGCCUCCCACCUCCGCCCAACACUGCCAACUCGC